AGUGGCAAGCCACCCUGCACCGUGCGGGCUCCCAGGUCCUCGGCUGUAGGCUAGGGUGUGAUGAUGUAACAGGAAGUAGUGGGUUGCCUUCCAACGUCAACCUGACAGCCGCUUCAGCUGCGCUCACUGAGAGCCGGAGAUCCGCUGUGUCUGGUGCUCCGCAGCGAAGCCGAAGCCAGAAGACACUUUCAGGGAUUGACUUGGGAGAGUAUUCCAGCUCGGACCCCUGCGCUGCUGCUGGAUUUAUUCUCCGGAUCUGCCGCUGGUAAAUUAUCAACCAGCUUUGACAUGGCCAAAAGGAAGAUGGAUAGCAUCGGGCAGAGUGGGAUGGUGGCACUCAUACUGCUGUGUAGUCUAACAAAGAUUUUUGUGAAGGCAAGCCUGGAGGUCAACGAAACCCAUCAGCAGCAUCCAAACGUCUACCAUGACAUGGGAGUCACCAGGAACAAGAUAGUUACAGCACAGUUUGAGUGCUAUCAAAAGAUAAUGAAGGACAAUACCCAGAGCAGAGAAGAGCCCAUGUGUAACCGCACUUGGGAUGGCUGGCUGUGUUGGGACGACACCAAAUCAGGUAUUGUCUCAGAGCAGCACUGCCCGGACUACUUCCAGGAUUUCGAUCCUUCAGAGAUGGUUACAAAGAUUUGCACCGACAGUGGUCAUUGGUUCUUGCAUCCGGAGAGCAACCGGACAUGGACCAACUACACCCGCUGCAAUGAACACACUAAUGAAGGCAGAGUGACUGCAAUGAAUCAUUUUUAUUUAACUGUCAUUGGACAUGGGCUGUCACUGACCUCCCUCUUCAUCUCCCUCGGAAUAUUCUUCCAUUUUAAGAGUUUAAGUUGCCAAAGGAUCACACUUCACAAAAACCUCUUCUUUUCUUUUGUUCUGAACUCUGUGAUCACUAUCAUUUGGUUGACAGCAGUGGCAAACAACCAGGAGCUGGUGCAGAGGAAUCCAACGAGCUGUAAAGUGUCCCAGUUCAUUCACCUGUACCUGUUUGGUUGCAAUUACUUCUGGAUGCUGUGUGAGGGAAUUUACCUGCACACUCUCAUUGUUGUGGCUGUCUUUGCUGAGAAGCAAAACCUGAUGUGGUACUAUCUUUUAGGCUGGGGCUUUCCUCUCAUUCCGGCUUGCAUACAUGCUAUUGCUCGAAGUUACUACUACAAUGACAACUGUUGGAUUAGCUCCAAAACAUCGCUACUCUACAUCAUCCAUGGUCCCAUCUGUGCUGCUCUUGUGGUCAAUUUGUUCUUUCUCCUAAAUAUUGUCCGAGUGCUCAUCACCAAACUGAAGGUGACCCAUCAAGCGGAGUCUAGUCUCUACAUGAAAGCCGUGAGAGCCACCCUUAUCUUGGUGCCCCUUCUGGGAAUUCAGUUUGUCCUGCUUCCCUACAAGCCAGGGGGACGGGUCUCCUCUGAAAUAUACGACUACAUCAUGCACAUACUAAUGCAUUACCAGGGUCUGCUGGUGGCCACCAUCUUUUGCUUUUUCAAUGGAGAAGUCCAGGCAGUUCUGAGGAGGCAUUGGAACCAGUAUCAAAUCCAGUUUGGCAGCAGCGUAGGAAACCACUCAGAUGCCCUGCGUUCAGCCUCCUACACGGCUUCCUCCAUCACCGAGGUACAGGGUUGCUACACCAUCGACAGCCACACAGAACACAUGAACGGCAAGGGCUUCCACGACGCAGAGGCCUCUAUGUUAAAGUCAGACAGCCCCUUCGCCUGACAGCAACACUCUCCCCCAAGCCCUGCUCGCCCCUUCUCCUCCUUAAAAACUGCAGCAUGUUUGGCACUCCGUGGCAACCAGGGAAACUCGCCUCUUCCUAGAUACAGUGUCAGAAGCAGUGAGUGAGGAAAAAAGGAUUUUAUACCCAAGCUGUCACCCAUCUGAAAUAAAGUGUCUCCUCUCUGUCACAUGGACACAGGCCCUGUAACCGUACUGUAUGGUGAGCUCAAUACAACUAUUCCUGCGCUGUGUUUUGCCUACAGUCUGCAACUGAACUGCUUCACUUGGACCUGUGAUUCUGACAAACAAUAUUGUUGUGAUCUUUCAGCCUGACAAAAAUGUUUUUAAGUGGAUGAAUAUUAACUGCUUGACUGUCCUUUGUGAGGUCAUGUUGUGCACAAAAAGCCUUUGGUUACACUGUAAAUUCUAUUGAUAUGGUUAGUGCCAAACUAAAAAACCCUUGCCUGCCUCAUUUAUUUUUUAUAUUCAAUACAGAAUUAGAACGAAGAUAGGAUGUCUAACAGGUGCAUAAUAAUAUAUUAAAACUAUAUUAUAUCUUUCACAUGUUAAACUUAAUUUAUCUGAACAUAUUGUCAUUUAUUAAAUGAAGAUGAAAUAAAUACCACACAGUAUUUAUUAAAGAUUUUUCAAAAUUAGUCAAAUACCAAUAUGACUUGUUGCCAGCUUCACAUACAAUUCCAGUGUAUUUGUUCAAUGUUUGUUUCAGUGUUUGUUUCAGUGUGUGCAGUUAAUGUGUGCAGACGAUUUACAGAAUCAUACCAUUAGCUUGCAGGCUUCAUUUUUAGAGAUUUCAUCAUGCUAAUGUUUGAACAUGUUUAAGUGAUCCUUACUGACAUGUGCACCCUUUAAACCACAUGGUAGGUUGUAAUGUAACUUGUUAACACAAUAAUAUCACGAGAAGCCAUCAUGAUAUCUCAAGUACUCCAAUGUCUACUCAUUACACCAUUGAAUGUAACAGUGAAGUUUGAAGACCUGGUUAUGGACAAAUAUGCAUCACAUUCCCAUUCACUGCUGUCUUUAGCCUUACUCUUCUCAAAUGACUUGCAUAGAACCAAUAUACUGUAUAAGCAUUUCCAGGUGUUCAGACUGAAAACAUCACUGUGUUAAAAAUGCAGAGGACUGUGUUAGUGUGCAUAAAAGUGAGGAAAGGAAAUACGAUCUAGAAGCUUAGUUUGAGUGAUAGAUCCAUGACUUUUCAAAAGUCAGUAGGGAUAUUCCGAGUCCAUUUUAAUAUUCACCAUUGAAAGAGUUACUGUAAUAAUUAUUUUUGUACUAGCUGCUUUAUCAGUCCCUUUGUAGUGCAGAAACAUUUUUACAAGUUGGUCACAAAAACUACAGUGAGUAAGUUCAGCCAAAUCUAAUAUAUUUAGCCAAAUCAAGUGAGUAUUUCCGUGCUGGCUAGUCAUGUGUUGGUUUAUUGUAGGUGGUUUUUUCUGGGAAAACAAAAAUGGCAAGUUUCGUAAUAAAAAGGGACAUAACUUAAGGCGAUACCCAGCUUAUUUUGGCUUACUUUUGGCUGAAGAUUGAGGAUUUUGCACAUUGUGUUACUUAUCAUGCACAGUUUAUUCAGGCUACAAAUGGAAUGUCUCACAGCUGAAAAGGACGAACAAUUACAGUGACCAACAAACCUUUAAACAAAAAUGUGCGGAUUGCUGGAACCCGCUGUGACAAAGUAGUAGACCUCAUUGAAAUGAAUCAGGGAGCUGGGUUUUUUUGCACACAGUGCUAAUGUCAGUCUGAACACAGCCUUAUUCAGAAGUACAUGUGAUGAUAUUAUAAUGUCUCAUUAGAAGUACAAAAACAACAAAAAAAACAAACAAAAAAACAAUAAUAAUACUGCAAAAAACAUUCUCUGUAAAGCAUUUAGCUAAAGCGGUCUGUAUCUAGACCUGGUCGGAAAUCAUUGCACUUAUCAGUCAUGCUGUCAUUUCAUCCACCCAGACCCAAAACCUUUCUUUACCUUUUUCUUCAUUUUACAACAUUUUCAGCACAUCGUCCACAAUGCUGGGAACAUAAGUCACUAUCAGAUGAUGUAAAUAUUUUGUAAAUCUAGCAUUUCUGAAAACAGGAUAAGUCGAAUGUGUGUGUGUGUGUGUGUGUGUGUGUGUGUGCAUGAUUUAUAUAUACAGUAUUUCUGAACACAUUUUACUUUAUUCAACCAUGAAGCAACCUUCUUAUGUGACAGUGUGUGGGACGUUGAUAAAGAGGUUGUUUGUUCUACUUCUGUGUUUUAAAAAGAGAGGGGUGGGAAAUGGGUUAACAAGCUUGCAACAAGCUACUGCAUCCGUCUGCCCGUGCAUAUUAUUUGUCAUCAUCCUGAUUCCUUGGUAGAUUCUGUAACUUUUCUUUUUUUUUUUCCUGUGUUUGAAAGUAAGGAAAGAAAAGUACCUCUUCUUUCUGUGUAAGUGAUCCAUGCCAUAUUGUCAGAACACACAUAAAUAUGUUUCCUGACACUGAUGUAGGUCUGAUAUGCUAUCAUUUAAUCUUCCAAAGGGAUUUGUUUUGUCUACCAUUUCAAGGAAGAGGGCUGAACACCAAAACAUACCAUAUGUGUCACAGUUUUCAAUGUUUAUUGUUUUUUCUUUAUGUUUCCUAUAUAUUUUCUUUAACCUGAUCAUUUCAGAUACGCAGUCCAAAAUUCCCAUCUUCCAACAAAAUGUCUUGGAUGAGUCAGCCGUCAUAUUGCUUGCUAUCAAUUUUUUUUAUGAUCAUUUUUGAAUGGCUACAUUUUCUCAUCAGUCUCUAAUACAACUGUGAUGACUUAAAGUGCUUGAUUCUACACGCAACAGGAAAAGUGACACAUUUUAAAGAAACUUGUGUAAUAUUUUCACUUUUGAAAAAGUAUACUUGACUGCUAUUUUUUGAGGUAAAUUUCAGACACAGGAAUAUAUUCACAGUGUUCUAGCAACAGGUAUCAUGUGAAAUCAGGCCACUGUAUCACACAUACAGUUUGUACUUUUUAUGUUAGAUCUGCAGGACAGUUUCUCCAUUUAAUCACUAACUAUAGAGCCUACAUUUAUGGCUGCAAGUGAUUCAUGUACAAUGACAGCAAUAUAAAGUAUUCAUAAAUCAAGUCCUUUACUGUGUAGUGAUGCAUCAUAAUCAUUUAAGCCACAGUCAUUUUAUCACAACUGUGGAAAGGCCUUUUGGUAAAUGUAGUAACUCCUAUGUACCAUUUAAGUUGUGUAUUUAUGCGUGAUUUUUUUUCCAUAUGACUCUCCAAAAAGGUUUGUGAAGUCCCCAGUGACAUGUUGUAAAGUAUGACAAAAGCGUUAUGGACAAUGUCUGUAGUUUUUGUUAAUACUGUACUGUAUUUAACUUUGGUAGUCUUGACACAUUGACUCCACACUGCUGUUUGAAUGUAACUGGUUGUGUAUUAUUCUCUUGAUGUGAAAAACAUAUAUAUAUACAUAUAUAUAUAUAUAUAUAUAUAUAUAUAUAUAUAUAUAUAUAUUUACGUACAAUGUCUCUUUUUUUAUUAUUUCACUGAAUUAGACAAUAUUGUUUUCCUGUAUGUAUCUGCAUACUAAUACAGUACAGAACAGCACCAGCCGUCAACUCUGGUACUUUUAUUUUAAAUGUUUUGUCUUAAUUGUGAAACUACUAUAUAUAUUGCUGCACACACACACUGUCACACAUUUUAUUAUAAUUUUCCUUUGGACUUUUUGUGAAGGUUGGUCUAGGCCAGGUAUACUGAAUUGCUCGAGUUUCAUGUGUAGAAAAAAAAACCACUGAUCAUCUGGUAGCAGACUUAACUGCGGUGCUGGAGCUAUAGACUAUCAAACUCAAUGAUGAAAAGCAUCUGCACACUCAAAUAUGUGCAAAUAUUUAUUUUGCAGGCUUCACUCAGAGACCUUCAAAAUUGUGUAUCAAGUGAAAUCAGCAGGUUAAAAGAACAUUGCUUUAUUAGUCUUAAUGCAGAACACUUGUGUCAAUCAGUUGGGCUUGUGUGUCAUCAGUUGAAUGAGACAAAUCAAGACACACUGAGUGCAUCGAACAUUCGAGAUUCACAAUAUGCACAAGCAGAAUACAGAUAAUAUAAACAAUAGCGAGAAAUUGGCCUCUGACGGGAGGUUUGCAGAAUAAAUAAAAUUAUUGUUUAGAUUUGAGUGUGCGGAUGCUUUUCUUCAUUCGGUUAGAGUUUCAUGUUUACAAUGUGUUUUCAGGAAAAUCUUAACUGCAUUAGUAAACUACUGUAAAUGUACCAGUAAAUGAAGAGCACAAACCAAAUUUGUUUCAUUCCUCGUCAAAAUGUCGUUACCAGUGCAGGUACUUUUUCUGGUAAGGUUAUUAAAGGUCCCUUCUCAAUCUUCAACAACACAAGCAAAUCCAUUUGUAGAAUGUCAUAUAUGUUUGUCUCACUGAGUGUGUAUAAUAUGAGUUUAGUGUCACAGUCAAGUCAUUAAGAACACAAUGUAACUGAUUUUUGUUGCUGGUUAAACACCUCUGUGGCUCUGAGGUCGGGCGUUGUAACGAGAAACAUCUGCUGCACUGGCAGAGAGUCCCCACAGUGACUGUGAAAAGGAACAAGCUAGCUUUCUUUUUAUGUCCUUCAAGUCUCCAAUCCCUUUUAUAGUGAGUAGUUUCAGUUUACUGUGAGGAGAAAUGUUCAACAUGUCAUUUAAGUGUAUAGAUAGAUAUAUUGUAUGGUUAGACACCUGAUACAUCUGGAAAAGGCAGUUUGCAUACAUUGGAUGAGUGUAAAUACAUGUUUGCUUUGGAGUUAUGCAGCUGUACCAUACUUUCUACCUGCAAGCCUGCACCUCAGCAGAAUAUUGUCAUUUGUUCUCCUUUUUUCUUCAGUACAUAUUUAACCUUUAUUUAUAAGUUGCAUAUUUAUACAUAAAUAUUUUCACUUAAUACUGUACAGUGACCCUACAGGUCACUACACAGGUGGUCGGAUAUACGUAAUAUAUAUACUUAUAUAAGACAUAAUCAAGGUUUAAGUCAACACAGUACACAUUGCAGGAUUUUUACUAUUUUAGUCUCUCUGAUCUUGACCUUUUGAGGACUUUCAAAAAAAUUCCAACAACACAUUUUUGGCCAUAGCAAUAGGUGGGUGAUAACAGUAUUAUCAGUAAGAGUAUUAUCGUUUAUUGUGUCAUCGUAUGUUUGUAUCCUUACAAAGUUCUUAUGUGGCAAUGUUCUGGCUCAUGAUUUACUGCUCAAAUGUCUGAAUAAAUGGAAGUUAAAUUAGCAUCAGAUUAAUUA